CUACUUUUGUCCUUAUAGACUUUCCUGUCAUUUAAUAUCAAUAGAAUCAUAUUUUUUUGUAGCCCCUUGGCUGGCUUCAUGCAUUUAGCAUGUUUUCAAGCUUACCCUUGUAGCACUUCUUUCUAUUGUAGAAUAUUCUAUUGUAUGAGUGUUCAAUCCACUCAUCAGAGGAUAUUAGAAUUCAUUUGAAUAACUCACCACCAACUGCCAGACCUCUGGCUGCAGGACUGUGGGUAAAGAACACUCUGCAAAGGACAGAGGUGCCGGUGGAUGGCCCCACUACCUGGGGCAGAGCUGGUGCAGAGGCCACUGCAGCUCUACCGAUACUUGCUGCGCUGCUGCCGUCAGCUGCCAACCAAGGGCAUGCAGGAGCACUACAAACAUGCUGUCAGGCAGAGUUUCCGGGUUCAUUCGGAUGAAGACAAUCCAGAGAGAAUCCAGCAGAUUAUUAAGAGAGCCAUUGAAGAUGCUGACUGGGUCAUGAACAAAUACCAAAAACACAACUGAGAACCCGGGGCCCAAAGUGAAGCUGUCUUAGACAUUUGAAAUCCAAGAGCUGCUCUUCUGGAACUAAGUGGCCGCAGUUCCUGAAUAUUCUUUGUCCCUGUUGGCUUCCAGAACAAGAAAUUGGAGGCAAGAGAAGCUGAUACUCCUCUGACGGCUCAUUUUGCCGCAACCAUGUUUCCGGCAUCCUUUCUGUUUGCCCUUCCAGCCAGUAACAAUGUGAAAUAUGGGGAGAAUGCGGUGUUUUUUUGUUUCUUUUCUGUGUUUUUCAUUUUUGUCUUUUUGUUUUUCUACUUUGCCCUGAAAGUAUUUCACUUAUUCUGGAGGUCCUUUUACCAUACUCUGAGCCCCAGAGAAGAUGUUCCCUUAAGUGGUCGCUCAUACAGAGAAAAGAGAGCGGGCCUUAGAACUAGGCAGAUCUGGAUUUGAACCCCAGCCCUGUCGCUUCUUUAGGGUAUCUCCCAUGAGCUCAGUUUACUCCUUGGUGAGGAUGCAUAGGAUGAUGUUAGAAUGCCUGGCACAGGGUAUGGUACACAGGGUACGGCAUCCCACCUGCUGCUCCCUGCCCCUGCCCCAUGGCAGAUCUCUGCAUAGCUCUGUUCUAGCAUCCUCCGUGAGGUCUCAGUGAUUGGUUUGUGGCUCGUGAGCUUGUCCUGUCCCAGCUUGGAGCCUCAGAACCCAUACAGCCGUGCCAUGCCCAGCAGUCUGCCAAGGAUCUGCGCUUCCCAGCCCCAUCCCUCCAUGUUAAGGAAAGAGACGCCCUGGUCCCUGCCAUCAAAGCAUUGAUAGUGUCUGUGAACAUUAUGUGAAGUAGGAAGGUGGCCAGCACAGUGUCAGUAGACAUGGUUAGGCACAGGCUCUGGGAAUUGGCCAUCUGACCUUCCUGGCCUUCCUGGCUUUGCUCCUGUCAUGGAAGGAUCAAAGGAGGGAGAGGAGGGGGAGUCUGGAGGUCUGGGGGUCUAGUGGCCGGAGCUGGUUGAGCACUCAGAAGAUUCAGGGAAGGCCCACUGGGAUGGGAGCAUCCCCAGGGCACCCAGCCAGAAGGAUGUGCUUGCACGUUUUUGUCCUUGCAGUUCUGUAACUUAAAGUGGCAUCUAUCCGUAGAAACCUGAUUAACAAGUAAUGGAGUAAAUGUAUCAUCUAUGAAA